GCUUUCGCUCUGAAAAUGAUAAGAAUAAUACAGAUGGCCUUUAUUCUGAAAACUGUCAGAAUGAUGCAGAUAGCAUUUUUCCACUUGAAAAGGAUGAGACGGAAAUGAAACUCAAUCAAUAUGCAAGAGCAACUGGAUUUACCUUAUGUCAAAAACGCUUGGAGCUUAAUGGUGACGGAAUUAUUAGACAUCGGACAUUUGAGUGUAGCUUUUCUGGUACACCUACCUCUAAUCAAAUAAUUGAUUUAACUCAACAAUGUCAGCAACAAUCCAGAAAAAUUAUGUGCCCAUGGCACAUAAAUUUAACAAACCCCAAAUCAUUAUCAGAAAUAAAAGUUACAAGCAUUGUUAGAGACCACAAUCAUGAUAUGAUAUUUGAUAUACGUUUAUAUGCUCCCAAGUACCACAAGUUGGCAGAAAAAAUAAAAGAAAGGAUUAGAUUUCAUGUUACUAAAGGCAACAUGGAGUUAAAACAAAUAUAUCUACUGUUGGUAGCAAGUUUUCCAGAUCAAUAUAUUUAUAAAAGGGAUCUUUACAAUAAGGUUCAAAAGAUUAAAGCACCACUUACCAAAUGGCAUAAAGAUGCACAAAAUAUAAUUAAUAAAUUAUUUGCAUUAAAGGAUCAAGAACCCAGGUGGAUAAUUUAUACUAGAAUUGAUCUAUUUGAUAAUCGCCUCUGUUUUACAGCUGGCAUCCUGAGUACACAAAAGGUAGAAGUUAUGAAUCAGUUAAUUAAGAAUGGAACUAGUAGUAUGUCUUCAUUAUGUAAUUUACAUGAUCAAGUUCAAAAUUUGUUAGAUGAUGAGGCUACAUGGGCUCGGCACAAUAUGUACCUUCAAAGUCUUCCAACUAACCAAGCACCAUCAAUCAUUGAAUCUUUAUUUCCUGAAGCUAGAAAUAUUUCAAAAGAAACGAUUAAUAAUAUAAAGGAUAGCAAUAAUGAACCAUUAACAGCUGAUUUACAUAUAUUUAAUAAGCUUAGAGUGUCAGAUACAUUUAUAUAUGAAGUUAGACAACAUGUGCAAAGAAAAGCUAAAUACGCAUAUGGAUUUGGAAAAAUGAAAAAAGCCCUCAAUUUAGUAUUAGAUUUGGAUUGUGAGGAAGAGUUUAUUAAUAUGAGAAUCAAAUCAGUAUCUGAAACCAACAUAUGUUGUGUCAAUUCAAAAAGUAGUGCAAUUAAUCCAGUUAAUCCGAAUUUAUAUGUGCAACAACAUACUCCACAAGUAGCUUCAUCAAGGACUUCUUUUCAUGCUCUCAAUUCUGACAACUCUAAAAGAAAUAUCUGUGUGUUAUCAGACAAUAUUAAUGUAAACAUUCAAGUUAUAGAUGAUAAUAUGUUGAAACAAAA